AUGCCUUACGAUUUGCAUACAUAUGCGACUGGUGUCUCUGUGAUUAUGGCAUGCAAAAGCACGCUGGGGAGAAAAGAACUUGUGCAACAGCAAGUGCAAGUAGCCAAAUUGGCCAUGAUCGAGGCGGUGGUGAAUGCUGUGUUUUCAGGAGUGCAAACUGGAACAGUCCCUCCUAAGCUCCUUGUUCGUGCAGCAAGUGCAAAGGAUAUGCAGAUACUUCUUGAUCUGAAGCGCGUGCAAAACUGGGCGGGCUCUGUGUAUAUCGACCGGAGCAACGAGGAAAAUAAGGGUGUUAUUUUGCGAAUGGCAGCUGGAGCCGGAAUCAAUGUCUAUGAGGGGCCCCUGAAUCUUGGUCCAUUUGCUGCUCCAUGA